AUGGAAACCAAGGGGCAGCCAGAGGCCCAAAAUGAGGCAGUUAGGGGAUCAGCCCAGGUCUCAGAGAGCCCUGAGUGUCCAGUGACAGAAGACAAGGACCUGGUGCCAGCACAUGAUGCCUGCAGAACCUUAGGUGAAGACAAAUGUCCAAUAGGACACAGCUCCGGGCCAGAGCUUCAGAAGGAUGGAAUCAAGCUGGGAAAGGGACUCAAUCCGGAGGUGGAAGCAGCAAAGGAGAGAGACUCCAGGACUAUGGCCUCCAUCGUGCGGCCCAGCCAUGGGCCUAAGAGAAAACCCAUCAAGGCUGAAGCCGAACUGCCACCGAGGAUGCUGCAGCAGAAAGAGGAGCCAGAGGGCAGCCACAGUGAAUCCUCCCCAUCUGCCAAACAGCACAAGAAAACCAAGAAACGCAAGAGUCUUGGGCCUCCUGUGCUUCCAGCUGCAGUCACCGUAGCAUCUUCAGAGACCUUGGGGCUGGACUCCCUUGUCUUGCCUCGGGUUUUUGCAGGAAAGGCCCAGCGCUUGCGACCACUGUACCAGUAUAUCAACUAUUGCAACCCUGAGCUGAACCAGGCAGGGGAGGGGGACAGGGAGGUUGAGGCGGAGCCUCAGUCAGAGCUGGCCCUGGUUCCUGAGGAGGCAGGCGUGGAACAGCUGCAGCCACAGGCCUUGCUGCCCGUGGCAGGUGAGGUGGGCUUAGGCCUUGCUGCGCCGUGCACAAAUGGGCUAGUGCCCCUCACACAUGCUCUUGCUCCCCGCCUGGGAGGGGAGGCUGGGGAGGAGCCAGUGUGUUCAUCCAGCCUGAAGGUGAGUGGAAACCUCAAGAUUGAGAUGGAUAAGUCAACCCAGGUGGAUAUUGACAAGAUGCUGAGUGUCUGCACUGCUCCCCUUGUGCCCCCACUCUCCCCUCAGUACAAGUGA